UUAAAAGAGGAUUGAUUAUGUUCCAGAACGCAUGUGUCGUUGUUCACUAUAACAUAGCAAGAGCAUACACCAAAUAUAACAUAGUUUUCACGUACAGUGCAAAAAUGUCCUUUGAAUUAUUCACACAGUUCAAGUUUCCAUUGGAAAGUAUCCUCGGUCGGUUUUCGGACAACAAUAUUUGGUUUGUUGUUCAUCCGUUUUUUAAAAUAUUCAAAUAUACCGGCUUCUGUCCGGUGCGAGUGUCCACAGACAGCUAUCCUGAUGUCAGUUUCCAAUGGGAUCGAUUAUUUGUGGUCCUAACAGGCCUGUGUUUUAUUGGAUUUACCGCUGGCUUUUGCCGUGGAGUUCACGUCUUAAGUCACCUUGAUAGUCUUGGGCUGCACGAUGCCAAUACAAUUAUCUCGUACAUCACAAAUUGGGCUCAAGUCUUUUCACUCUUCUUCCUAGCAUGUGUGUCGCUAGUGACAUCGUGGACCAAUUUGGAAAAACUAAGGAAUUUCUUUAUGAAAAUUCGACAAAUUGACUUCGCACUGGAAAUGACUGGUGUCGAAAUAUCCUACCGUGCGAUGAGACGAAGGCUGUUUAUACAAACAGGAGUGUCCUUUUUAAUACCAACAUGUCUAUCGAUGGUCAAUUGUAUAAUGAUUAACACCACGUUUCGAAUAACUUCACCCUGCUAUUGGUUCAUCUGCUUCACACCCAUGCUCCUGUUGACUUUAAAGGAGCUUCAAUUUUACAAUAUUAUGUUCUUGCUAAAGGGAAAGUUUGCAAAAAUUAAUAAGCAAAUUGAGAAGCUAUGUCAGCGGAAAAUUAUGCAGAACGAAACGUUGACUAUGACAAUCAAUGCAAACAUAAUGACAAAGUGCUCGGAUGAGAAGGAGUUGUUGGGACAAACUGACGCUCAAUUAGUGGAACAAAUGCGUUUUCUAGCGGAAAUUUAUUCUGACGUCGCUGAUUGUGUUGACGAGGUUUUGGAGAUAUUUGCUUACCACCUUCUUAUGACAACAUGCAUAUCCUUUGCCGUCAUUACCAUCCAGAGUUAUAACCUCUUCGCCUUGAUCAUGCACUCGCUGGCGAUGCAAUUGCAUGAGAUUUGUUUUACCAUGGCAUGGAUUGUGGUCCAGAUAAUGGUGAUUGGGGUGAAUGUAAUCGCUUGUACACAGACAUCGACUGCGAUGGCAGAUACGGGUAUAUUUUUACACAAACUAAAGCCACGAGAUGACUAUGGAUUGUUCCUCCAAAUGGUGCAAGUAUUUUCAAUGGAAGUCAUGCAUAGGAAAAAACCUUUUACAGCUGCUGGUUUCUUCGAAAUGAAUUUCAAAUUAUUUACAUCUAUAGUAGCAGCAGUAACAACAUAUCUCAUUAUAAUCAUUCAGUUCCAUUUGGCAAAUUUGGAAAUGAAUUCAUCUAAUAAAAGCCAAGAAAAUCUUUAAGCUGAUACAAAAUUUGAAAUAAAAGUUCGUAUUUUGGUUUGUGUCCAUGAAAAUAUCAAUAUUUUAAGUAAGAGAGCUUUUAAAGGUUUUUAUAAUGAAGACGUUCAAUUUAUCAUGAAAUUGUGUGCAAUUAUACAUAUUAAUAAAAUUAUUUAUUUU